AUGAGGUGCAAACAGCUCCGUGGUGCCGGCCCUGCCGCUGCUCCCGGCCCUGCCUGCACCGUCCCCACGCUGUCCUGGCUCUGCCCAUGCCGAAGCCCCGUAUGGCAGUUGCCUCCCUGGGCGCUAAGCCGGCUGUGCUGCAGCUGCAGCCCCUGCCACGGGCUCCGCGUCUCCACGGGCACCCGCCUCCUCUACACGCUCCUCCACGUCCUCGCCUCUGCCGUGUGCUGCCUCACGCUGUCCCGCACCGUGGCCCAGGCCGUCCGGGAGAAGGUGCCCUUCUCCACGGUGCUGUGCGAGCACCUGGCCGGCGGCGCCGACUGCGAGCGCCUGGUGGGCUCCUCGGCUGUGUACCGGGUCUGCUUCGGCACCGCCUGCUUCCACCUGGUGCAGGCCGCCCUGCUCCUCAACGUGCGCUCCAGCACGGACUGCCGCGCGCAGCUGCACAACGGGUUCUGGCUGCCGAAGGUGCUGGUGCUGGCAGGACUCUGCACCACCAGCUUCUUCAUCCCCGAAGACAACUUCAUCCAAGCCUGGCACUAUGUGGGCGUCUGCGGGGGCUUUGCCUUCAUCCUGGUGCAGCUGGUGCUCAUCACCGCCUUCGCGCACACCUGGAACAAGAACUGGCUCACGGGCGCUGCGCAGGACAAGCGUUGGUACCUGGCCGUGCUGCUGGCCACAGCCACCUUCUACACCCUCGCCUCCACGGCCUUCUCCUUCCUCUACAAGUACUACACCCACCCAGCCGCCUGCCGCCUCAACAGUGCCCUGCUCACCAUCAAUGGCAGCCUCUGCGGCAUCAUGUCCUUCGUCUCCAUCACACCGUGUGUGCGGCUCAAGCAGCCGCGGUCGGGGCUGCUGCAGGCCUCCAUCAUCAGCUGCUACGUGAUGUACCUCACUUUCUCCGCGCUGUCCAGCCGCCCCCCGGAGAGAGUGCUCUACCAGGGCCAGAACCUCACCGUCUGCUUCCCCGGCGUCCGGCAGGAUGAGCUGCAGGCGGAGGACACCACCGUCGCCAUCCUGGGGGCUGCCAUCAUGUACGCCUGCGUGCUCUUCGCAUGCAACGAAGCCUCCUACCUCGCCGAGGUGUUUGGGCCCCUCUGGAUGGUCAAGGUCUACAGCUUCGAGUUCAAAAAACCCUCCUGCUGCUUCUGCUGCCCGGAGAAGAUGGAGGAGGAGCUGCGAGGGACCGAGCAGACGUGCGAGCAUGCAGAGGAGCCCACCGGGGCACCGUGCGUCAUCCAGGAUGAGCGGGACCGGGUCGUCUACAGCUACUCAGCCUUCCACUUCGUUUUCUUCCUCGCCUCCCUGUAUGUCAUGAUGACCCUCACCAACUGGUUCAGCUACGAGGAUGCGGUGCUGGAGACCACCUUCACGCAUGGCAGCUGGUCGACCUUCUGGGUGAAGGUGGCCUCGUGCUGGGCCUGCGUCCUGCUCUACCUGUGGCUGCUGUUGAGCCCCCUGUGCCUCCCGGGCUCGCCCCAGCGCCGGCGCAGCAGCCCGCCCGUGCGUGUGCUGCGGCGGCGAUGUGCCUCGCAGCGUGUCAGCAUCUCCGCCAGCCAUAGGGCUGGGAGCAGAGGGUGCCAGCAGUGCCCCAGCCUCAGCCAGUGCAGCUACCUCGGCCUAGGUGGCUUUGGGGAGAUGGGGACAUGCAGCCGGGAGGGCUGCAGCAGCCAGGAGGGCGGCCUGGAGAACGAGCAGCUGCGUUUCACCCUGCGUGAGGCAGAGAGCAGCAUCUCCCAGCUGCAGGCAGAGCUGGAGCAGCUGCGAAGGGACCUCUCUGACCAGGCCAAGCAGCAGAACAGAGAGCAGCUGACACUGAGGGAAAUGGUGGAGGAGAACCUGGCCUUCACGAGCUGCAUCAGGAUGCUGCAGGCAACUAACAGGAGCCUGUACGAGAGCAACAACCGCCUGCGCUCAGCGCUGCUGUUUGGCUUGGACAGCAGCCCAAGAGAGUCGUCACCUCCCGUUCCACAGCGCUGCCCCCUCGCUGCCCCCUUGCAUGGCCUGCUGGAAGGCACCUACAGCAGGUGCCCAUGGGCCUCCUCGCACAGCCCGCUCCCUGCUGCAGCCUCCUGUGCAGGCAGAGACACAAGUCGCAGCAGUCCCAGCCUUGGGCAGUGGCAGAGCUCAGCCUCAAGCACAGACACGGCCUCACCGCUCAGCGAUGCCGGGAGCGAGAGCUCGGAGGAUAUGUCUCCUUCCAGCCCAUGCUCAGACAUGGAGCAGGCACUCACCCCCCAGCCAGGGGAGGCAGAGGAAUCCUGCCACCCUGCAAAGCACUUCAGCAAGAGAAAGCUUCCUGCCUUCACACCAGAGGCACCAGAAACCACAGAGGAACCUGCAGCUCCUUGUCCCAUUUACCGUCUGGUGCUGGCUGGAGAUGGUGGUGCUGGGAAGUCCAGCUUCCUGCUACGUCUCUGUAGAAAUGAAUUCCAAGGAGACAUCCCCACCACACUAGGUACUGAGGACGAACGUGGAGAGGCAGGGGAGCAGGGGAACACACAUGACUCUCUUUCUCUCAGGGGUGGACUUCCAAGUGAAGCAGCUGCUGGUGGAUGGGGAGCAAAUCACAUUACAGAUCUGGGACACAGCUGGGCAGGAGAGGUGAGAUGGGCCAAGGCUCCUGCCACUGAGCUGAGCCAGCAAGGGCUCUUUCCACAGCUUCAGGCAGGCCAGCAGGGCUGCCAAGGUCACUGCGCAGGCACAGCUGUCCUCUGCUGCAGAGGAGCCCUUGGUACAAGCCUGGGAAUGCAGAGCCAGGCGCAGCCCCCGCAGGCACACCAGAGGGCCCGGCCCCACAGCACUAACAUGCUUCCCGGCACCAGAUUCCGGAGUAUUGCCAAGUCCUACUUCCGCAAAGCCCAUGGUGUGCUGCUCCUCUACGACAUCAGCUCUGAGAACAGCUUCCUUAACGUCCGCCAGUGGAUCGAGGACAUCAAGGUAGCAGGAAGGGUCUGA